GCCCUCUCUGCUGCUCUCUCUCGGUUGCACUUUAUCAGUCCUGCGCUGCCACCUCCUGCAGCUCCAAUCCCACUUUUACGCAGCAGCGGGCCGCCGAACGGACAUGGACAGAUCCAAACUUUAACUUCCAGGUUUCUUUCUCUUCUCCUGCCCGCUCCCUCUGCAGCUCCCCCACUCCUCUCCUCCUCCUCCGUUCGCUCCUUCAUCCCGCUGAGCUCCGGGUGAAAAGCUCCAUCGGCGGCGCACGCAUGGAGACCUAAUUUUGCUCCAGUUUUCGGUCAGGUCUGCGGAGGUUGUUGUUGGCCCGCUGUUGUUUUGCUGUUCCCUUGGUUUUAUGGUCUGCUCAUGCGUCGGGAAUGCCAUGGCCGCUCCGAGCGCACAGCAGCAGCACCAGGAUUAUUUCAGAUCGGUGAGCAGCGAGUCCACCACCUACAUGAUGGUCCCGGCCGGCGGGCCGAGCGGGACGAGGCGCCGGGAGGCGCCGUCCAAGAUGUGGGUGGCGAUGGUGGUGAUAGUGGUGGUGGUGCUACAGAUUGCCUCCACCACGGGGCUCUUUCUCUACCUGAACAUGUCCAUAUCGCAGGUGCGUAGCCAGGGGGUCACAGAGGAGCUGAAGUGUCUGAGUUUACUGAACGCUCUGGACAAGGACCAGGACAUCCCCGACCAGCUGGCCCAGCUGUUCGGCGAGCCCUGCAUCAAGCUGGCCGAAGGCAUCAAGGCGUACAUCUCCAAGGUGACAGAGAACAUCAUCUCCAAACAGACCUUCAUAGAGGCCAGAACCAUGCCUCGCACUUUCAACGACUCGGGGUCGAAGUUCAUGACCUCGGUGACCCAGAGGCCAUCGGCCCACUUGACCCUCAGAGACAGCAGCUCUCAAGGGUUCCCCCCCUACCCGAUCCCCACGCCGGGUCUCCACCAGUCCUGUCGCCACGUGGUCCGCUCGUGGGCCAAUCAGAGCUUUGGUGCUCACCUGCACAACAUGACCCUGACCAAUGGGAAGCUGCGAGUGCCACAGGAUGGGCGUUACUACCUGUACUCACAGGUGUAUUUUCGCUACCCGUCUCCAGCAGCCAGUGAUGGAGACCAGCGCAGCGUCAGCCACCAGCUGGUGCAGUGUGUCUACAAGAAAACCUCCUACCCAAGCCCCAUACAGCUCCUGAAGGGGGUGGGAACAAAGUGCUGGGCUCCAGAUGCCGAGUACGCCCUCCACUCUGUCUACCAGGGAGGACUGUUCGAGCUGAGGGCCGGCGACGAGCUCUUCGUCUCUGUGUCCUCUCCGACCAUGGUCAACGCAGAUGAUUCCUCGAGCUACUUCGGCGCCUUCCGCCUGGACCUCUGAGAGGAAGAGGAUGGAAGAAAAAGAGGAUCAGAUGGGACGAUGGACAGAUAAAUGGGUGGGCUGGAGACUUCGAAUAUCCGUUGAUUGGAAAAAGGGUCAUUAGGACAGAGCCGUGGGACGUUGGCCUGGAUCCUCAAUGUUCGCUUGGGUGGAUACACUGAAGGAUGGAAGGAUGAGGGUUUGAAGGCUUCACCUGAGAGAACGCUGCAACAGGAUGGGGUGAAAUGGAAAAGAAAGAGUGGAUUUGUCUUCCUUACUCUCCACUAAGUGAAACCAAACAAUCAAGAUCAAGAUAUGAAAAGACAGAAGUGCAAUCAUGCAAAAAUAAAUGUGAGGAUAUUGAUUUUCCGUUGAUUCUUGGGGAAGGAAAGUGCCUUUUGGAUGUCAUAAAAAGAGAAGUAAACCACAUAAAAACAUUUAAAAACUUCCUGUUAGACGAGAAUCGCCCCAAAAAAAUUUAGGCCACCCUGCUGCCUGUGCCCCAAAUUAACCCACGAAUCUGAGCGUAUCUCCCACGUCAGCGGCCUUUCUGCGGGAAGCAAUCGGACCCUUGGAUUUGGACUCCAGACCGAAGAAUGUACCUGCAAUAAAAACUCAAUCCUCUGCAUCGAAGAUGUGAGGAAGGACGGUGAAAUCGUAGCAGAGAAAAAUGAUCAAACCAAAGCAAAGAAUUUGUAGAACUUAUUUUUUUUUAAAGCGUGCCAUGAAAGUAAUGUACAUAUGAGAUUUAAGCAAUGAACUGUGGUGAUUUUAAAAGUAAUUCAUGCGUAUUUUACCUUGACUGGACUAAAAACCACUUGGACUCUACACCACAACUGUGGGCUUUAUAUGCAAGGACGUUUUUUUCCGAGGAGAAGGAUUGCUUCUUUGUACUGGAUACAGUAAUAAGACUAUUGAGAAACACUACAGAGUGCCGUUUGAACAAAGGAGUCUGCAAGGAAAGGAGGAAUGAAAACAAGGAGGAGGGAGAGGGAGAAAUCUCGUAAAUGCCAAUAACAAUGAGCCCCGAAGAGGAAGAUGAAAGGAAAGCGAGGGAGAAAGAGGCUGAGGGUGGUAUGCAGCCCGACCAGUCUGUUGUUGAUCUCUCUCUUCUCCCUCUCUCUCGCGUUCCCUUGUGAUCUUUCUGCCUCUUUUCAUGUAAAGAAUUUGAUCUAUCUUGUCCUUCUUGUCUACCCUGUGGAGCUGCGUUCAGUCAGAUUUUAAGGUUCACUUAAGCAACUAACCAGAAAACAGCAGACGGACAGUGUGUGGGGACACGCAUGCAAAAAAAACACCCAGAUGUAUGAGAUAAUUUUGACUUUUAGCUCCAAACGUAGCUGAGUUUGAACCAAGACAUCAUUUCUCCUGCAAAUCACCAAAAUCAGCUGCUUUGGAGUGUCGUCAUUAACCAAAAACUGCAAGUUGCAGCAAUAUUGAGGCCCACAAAAACACUAAAAUAACACCUGGAUGAUGAAAGAGAGCGAGACUUACCUUACUAAAGCGCAGAACGUGAGAUUAACGUGAAAGAAAAGGUCUGAUAUUUGGGGUCUUUUGGGCUUUCUUGCCAAGAAUAUUAAUCAAUAAUGCAGCUUUAAUUAGCUUAGCACAAGAGCUAGAAGCAAGGGGAAAGAGUUAGCCUGCAGGAGGACUUAGCCACUUUUGGACAGAGUCGGGCUAGCUGUUUUGCCUUGUUUCAAUUGUUUGUGCUAAGCUAAGCUAACUGUCUCCUGGCUGUAGCUUCACAUGUAAUGGACAGUUAUGAGAGUGGUAUCAGACUCAUCUUAUUCUUGGCAGGACAGCAAAUAGAAAUAGUCAGUUAACAAGAUAGAAGUUGCUCUCAAGAAAACAAAAUUAAUUUGGUGUAUUAGUGCUGAAACUGUUAAAAUCAUGGUGAAAUUGUACUUUCAGACACACUGUUGACCAGGAGAUAAACGCCACCUGACACGUACACAUAAACACAUGCAAACCUUUUG